AUGAGAACAAAAAACCAUAACAAGGCCAAAUCUUUACAUACAAUUUAAGAAGUUUCAAAUACUAAAACAUUCUUUAUUAAUCGAAUCACUUAAAGAUCUUUUAUAAAGACUAUCAUUCCUCCCUUACCUCUUACAUUAUUACCUUAGAUUUAAGUUCCUGCUCCUCUAACUGGAAGAGUUGUAGCUAGAAAAGUUAUAAAAGCAACUUAAUUAAAAACUUAAGAAAGUGUUCCGGAGAAUGAGAUUAAACAAUAACAAUCAAUUUUCAAAUUAGUUGCAUCUGCUGAAUUUAAAAAUAUCAUUACAGAAGAAAAGUCAAAGAAAGAGGAUGAUAAAAAUUUUAUAUUAGAUGGUCCAUUAGAAUUUAAAAAAGAAUGGAGAAGUAAAAUCUUUUAGGUAAAUCCUAAUCUAGAAGAGUCUUUUAAUUAAAUAGAUGACAAUAUAAACAUCUAAAUAUUUUUGAAGAAGAUUAGAUAAAUUAUUACUACUAGUCAUAUUCUGCAUAAUGAUAUUCAUACAAAUGAAAAUAGUUUCUUAUCAGAUAAAUUUAAAACAUAGUUAACAAGUCCUCGAUUUACAUUUACUAACCAUUUAUCAACAAUUUAGUUUUAAAAUUAACCUACCUAAUUAUAGAAAGCAGGAACUAUUGUAUAAUAAGUUCUAGAAGCUAUUGAAGAGAAAAAAGCUGAAAUCUAACCUUUACCUUAAAAUAAUCGUAGAAAAUUAACUAUCUCUGUAUUUAGUCCUGAAAACUAAGUUGGAAUAUUCUCCUUCAGUAUACCAGAUUAUGGAUAACGAUUAUAGGAAUAAGAUGAAAUUUAAGAAUAUACAGAUAAACCUAAGCAUGUUUUAAAGUAAGCUUUGCAAUUUGUAAGUAAAUAUAAUAUUAUCAUAGAUCUCUUCAUAACCUAAGAAAAUGACAACCAAAUUUUCCAAAUCUAUUUUAAAAAUUGUAGGAAUAACCGAAGAAGAAAAUUAGUAAGAAGAUGUCCAUCAAUUUUAUAAUUUAUAAAAAGUAAUUAUUUUAUGAAGUAAGACUAGAAGGUUCAUGAAGAUGUAUUUACAAAAUAAGAUGUCUCGCAUUUUCACUAAAUUAGAAGAGAAUAUCCUAUUACAUUUACAAUUAAUAUAAGAAAAAAGAGGAUCAAUCUCUUUUUCUAAACCUUGUGAAAGUUAAUAAUCUAGUAGAGUUUAUUCUUGGUGUACCAAUCCUGCUAAUAGUAAUCAUGAAUCCUUGUCAAAUCCAACAUUUUAAAUUGAAAUAGAAUGUAAUCGUUUUUUACUAACUUAAAUCUAUUAAUGUGAAUAUUCUUUUGAUGAUUCAGAAUGUAAUUGUCAAAGUUUUAGCAGUGAAAAUUAAUUUUCAGAUAUGUUAGAAUGUUAAUCUUAAAUUAAAAUUACCAAUCUAAAUAAUCAUAUUUAAUUUAUAAUCAACAGUUUAGAUUGUGUUGAUAGAAAUAUGAUGUUACAAGAAACUGAUAGUCUUAUUGAUACUAAAAUAGUUCAUCAUUAAAUUCAUCCUACAUUUGAUGGAUAAAUAAUGAGAAAUAUUAAUUCUAUAGUUAGAUUUCUUAAACACAAAGACUAAAUUAGAGUAACAAAAUUAAUGUUUCUUCAAUACAACAAUAUAUUAACAGGAGAAUUCGAAGAUUAACAUGAAAUAAAUAAUUUGAAUACAGAUUAUGGUUUAAUUGAAGUAGAACUUGAAGAAAAUCCAUAACCAGUAUAAUCAACAAUAAAGAUUGAUAUAGCAAAAAUGUUUAUAAAAGCUGCAAAACCAAUUUAGAAGAAGAAGUCUAAUUAAGAUUAAUCUCCUUCAAGUGAGAGAUCAAAUUAGAAGGCAAAUUCUAAAAUAAUAUCAUCUCCUAGACAUUAAACAAUAAUUUAAUAGAAUAAGCCAGUAAAAUAAUUAUUAGAAGCAACAUCAAGUUAAACAAGUGUUUUAAGAAGAAGAAGUGAUUCUCCAUAAGAGGAAAAUAGUAUCAAAGAAAAUAGUAAUACUAAUACAACAUAAUCAAAUAAAAUGAAAGCUACUACAUAAACUAUUUAAAAUACGACUGCUCCUAUUUCAUAAAGAGAAGAACAAAUAAAAUCAAAUGUUACUAAGAGUCAAGAUAGAAGAAAUGCAGUAAUGAUAUCUUCAAUGAGUAAACAUUCUUUACAAAUGAGAACCCAAAUUACUGAAGCUCGUAGAAGGUAGUCCAUUCCUGUUAUGGAGAUUGUAAAAUUGUUGAUAGAAGAACAGAAGUUAUCAGAAGUAUAUGUUUCAUUCAUUUAUUAAUUUUAUAGUUAGAAGAGGUAUUUGCCAAUAAUCCUAAUUUGCCUAUCAAUGAAAGAUUAAUAGAUGGAAAUACAUAUCUGAUUUUUGCAGCCUAAACAGGAAAUGUCGAAAUAGUUGAAUUACUUUUACAUAAAGGAGCCUUUGUAAAUGUACAAAAUGUAAUAGUAUCUCUUUAAUUUCGAGAAUAAUGGUGAUACGGCUUUGCAUAAAUCUAUAGCUUACAGUUUCUUCAAUAUUGCUGACAUUUUGAUUUCUUAGGGAGCAUAAAGCUUAAGAAAUCAUGAUGGUUUGACUCCUUGGUAAUUUGUGUAAUGA